CCCUAUUCUGGUUUGCCCCUUUUUCUCCGUCAUGUCGGGACGCGGGAAGCAGGGCGGCAAGGCUCGCGCCAAGGCCAAGACGCGCUCGUCGCGCGCCGGGCUCCAGUUCCCGGUGGGCCGCGUCCACCGCCUGCUCCGCAAGGGCAACUACGCGGAGCGGGUCGGGGCGGGCGCGCCGGUGUACCUGGCGGCCGUGCUGGAGUACCUGACGGCCGAGAUCCUGGAGCUGGCGGGCAACGCGGCCCGCGACAACAAGAAGACGCGCAUCAUCCCGCGCCACCUGCAGCUGGCCAUCCGCAACGACGAGGAGCUCAACAAGCUGCUGGGCCGCGUGACCAUCGCGCAGGGCGGCGUCCUGCCCAACAUCCAGGCCGUGCUGCUGCCCAAGAAGACCGAGAGCCACCACAAGGCCAAGGGCAAGUAGAUCUGGCAGUUUCCACCUGCCCAAGCCAAAAGGCUCUUUUCAGAGCCACCCACUUAAUGAACCAAAGGAGCUGUGCCUUUAAGCCAUUGUUGGCAUAGCAAGGUUUAAAUACUGACCUGCAAAAAAGGAAAGAGGUUGCCUAAGGUAUUUGUGAAUCUGUCACUUGACCGGAGAGUCCCUAAACUGAAGUCUUUUGAAGAAAAAAGACUUGCUUUAAUGAACCCACGUGAGCAAAA